UUUGAAUACUUCUGUAAGAAAUUGGACAAUGUGGCCAUGGGCUGGCCCCCCUGCCUCUGGAUGGUGGCUGCUGUGGUGGUUCUGACCAAGGACGCAGACAGAUUGACUCUGGGUCAGCCACUCACGGUGAUAGCCCCUCAUGCUACUGAGGCAGUGGUCCGACAACCCCCCAAUCGAUGGCUUUUGAAUGCACAAAUGACACAUUAUCAGGCUCUGCUCCUCAACCCAGACAGACUGCGAUUUGGGGCAGCAACAUCUUUAAACCCGGCCACCCUCCUUCCGGAUUUGGAUGCAGAAACUGCUCUGCCCCAUGACUGCCGCCUGAUCCUGGCCAAGACCUGCGGAGCCCGAGAAGACUUGAUGGAUCAACCGCUACAAGGAGAAGCACACUGGUUCAUGGAUGGGAGCAGUUUUCUGCAAGACGAUAUACGAAAGGCAGGGGCGGCAGUGGUGGAUAGGCAGACUACAAUAUGGGCCAGUGCCUUGCCGCCAGGAACCUCAGCCCAGAGAGCAGAGCUGAUUGCCCUGACCCAAGCACUCAAAAUGGCUGAAGGCCGUAGAGUCAAUAUCUAUACAGACAGCUACUAUGCCUUCGCUAGAGCCCAUGUACAUGGAGAAAUUUAUCGGAGACGGGGACUUUUGACUUCAGCAGGAAAAGACAUUAAAAAUAAGACUGAGAUCCUAGAGCUCUUGCAGGCUCUUUCUCUGCCACGAAGAUUGAGCAUUAUACACUGCCCCGGACACCAGAAGGGAAAUGACCCAGUGGCUAGAGGGAACCGAAUGGCCGAUGAAGAGGCCAGAAAAGCAGCCUUGGGGCCACAAGUCCUCUCCCUAAAG